AUGCCAGGUGCUUAUUGUCGUGCAAAGGAAUUAGUGCUACUAAUCGGAAGAAAACUUGAUCACACGGGACGUCCAGCAAGAAAAAAUCGUCAUAUCAUGACGGAAACUCUUGCCUAA